AUGGGCUCCCUCACCAAGCUCCUCCUCGCAUCCGACGCCGCCCUCUACAAGCGCGCGACCAACUCGCCCUUCCUCGCCGCCGCCGCCGCGGGGACGCUCACCAAGCCCCUCCUCUCGCAGUGGCUGGCCAACGACCGGCUCUACAUCCACGCCUACAUCCACGGCCUAGGCCUACUGCUCAGCUCGCUGCAGCUCCCCGUCCUCAGCAAGCCGUCCACGCGGGCCAACGAGCUCGUCGUCAAGCUGCUCGACUGGGCCGUCGACGCCCUCGUCAACAUCCGCCGCGAGGAGAGGCUGUUCGUCGAGGCCGCGCGACGGUUCGGGCUCGACGUCGACCUGCCCACACAAGGGGGGGAGAUUGCCGAGGGGGCCAAGAUCGAGGGGCUACGCCGCUUCGAGAAUCUGUUCUCGUCGGUGGGACACUCGGGGAACAUCAUCCUGCCGUGGCUCGAGUCGGCGCUGCUGUUCUACGCGACCGAGAGGUGCUACCUGGAUGCGUGGGCGGGGGUGAAGGCGCGGAUGGGGCCUGUUGCGCAAGGGGGGGACGCGGACGGCGGGGCGCUGAGGGACGAGUUCAUACCCAACUGGACGAGCAAGGAGUUUGGGGCGUUCGUGGAGAGGUUGGGGUCCAUUGUGGACGAUGCGGUCGCGCUCGAGGUGAGCCUGCACGGGGAGGGGAUCAAGGGGAAGCUGCUGAGCAGGGCGCAGGAGCUGUGGAGGGAGGUACUGGCGGCGGAGGAGACGUUUUGGCCGAGGGUGUGA